AUGGCAAAUACGGAGACAAUCGAACUACCACCUCGUUUUUUUCCUCUUGGGGAAGAACCGGUUGGAUUAAGAGUCACUCCAUAUCACAAACCAGGAGGCCUCAGACUCAUUCUAGACACUCUCGAUCCUGAAGAAGUUGAUGUUAUUAAGCGGUCACCUUUCGGAAAGUUCCUCGAGCUCGCCGACCAGACACCCUACUCCGGCCGUCUAGGACGAUACAUGCUUUCCAGACAGCUGAAAGUUCGAAAAAAGUACGAGGCAUGGUUCCUUUUUGCGGAGAACCCAAUAAGAUUCUCACUGAGAGAGUUUGCCACUGUAACCGGCCUACCGUGUGGAAAAUACCCUAGCCCACCGUCGAAAGCCACGGAGAAACUCAUAUCUGAACAGCCAUACUACAACGUCCUAUUUGGCAUGCUUAAGGAAGUAACUGUAUCAUCUGUCAUCCGGAUGCUCAAGCGUAAGACGGUCACCUCACAAGAGACUAGAAUCAAGUACGCCCUUCUCGCAAUCCUUGCCUAUGUGAUUCUUCCAACCACUCACAUCGCAAAAAUAUCAGUUGAGCACGCCGAGAAGAUUAAAGACCUUGACGAGUUCUUCGCUUACCCGUGGGGCCGACUGUCCUUUGAGAUGUUGAUUAGCAGUAUAAAGGAAAAAGACGAGCUAAAUCUUACGCAAAGCACCAUCGCUCUCCCGGGAUACGUUCAGUCCCUUCAGAUGGUGAUGACCAGAGCUGUUCCCGCGCUCACUGAAAUUGUCACUCAAGACUCUGCAUCGGAUGUUGCUGGAGACGCGGACUUUUCUCAAACCCCCCCUAGGAACGGCAUCAAGCCAGCACACGCAAGGACGUUGGACACAGCUAAAAAUGUGAGCGUGACUCAUAUCAUCCCACAAGACACAGACGUGGAGGUUGACGAGGCGGAACUGUGCUUCUCCGACGAGGAAGAUGAUACAAGAGUAGAUUCAAUGGUCAGACUAAUCAAAGAUGGGUCGCGUUUUUCAAACCAAUUAUUCAAAGGCGGAGCUACCAAGGCCGAUAUAGAGCUCAUGCGCGAGAAGGCAGAUGAGGCAGCCGGGGGUAGGAAGAAGCGAAAGAGGAAAAUUCCAAUGCAAACGCCCAACAACUCCGACGAUGUUCAUGCUCCUCCAAUCGACAAAGGCAUAUCAAAAGCUGACAUUGACAGGGUUGAAGGCAAGGUUGAUGACCUUCGUGAAUCAUUCAAUCAAUUCCAAGAGAUAAUCAAGAAGCAUAUCUCAGACAACUCCGCUCACCUGCUCGUCUGUCAGAACAACUAUCAGAAGAUACUAGACUCAGUAGGUACUUUUCAGUCUCAGUCAAUCCGGCAAACACGCGUUCGAACUCCAACUGACAACCAGACGCUUGAUGCCUCAAAGGACCGCCCUACAACGACUCCCAUUCAGACCAGCAGAGAAGGCAUCGAUACUGACAUCAUAAGAUCUGUGAUAUCCAAUGUCCAGAAGACCUACGGGGACAAGGGUCCAUCUUUACCAGCCUCCACCCCACAUACAGACGAUGUGAGCGACAGCGGGGACGGGGGCGACCCUAUACCUGAUGAGAAUAUUGACAAGGAAAAUUACACUCUACCAUUACAAACCAUCAAUGACCAAGACCCACCUGAUAAUUCACGUGUUGCGACAAGCGUCAAGAAGACGAAUGUUGACAGGGGACCACAUAUGCCAGACGUCGGUGAUCUCGUAAAUUCUUAUAUUAUCGACAAGGACAUUGGCAACAACCAGCAAACUCUGUCAGGCAACGCACACCGUGAUUCAAACCUACAAGAAGAUCUCUCAUCUCCAUCCUUUUCUCUGGGCCUGACGCAGGAAGAAGUGCAGCUGGUAGAAGACCAAAUUCUAGAGCCGACCGUUAGAGAGGACACGGAAGUAGUCGGCAAGCCACCGAGCAGCCCUCCAGAUAUCCAAGCCAACGCCCCGGCGCCCACUAGGAAAAGCAAUCGCCUCAAGACAGUCUCAAAACUGAUUGUAGGUGUAUAUGAGUGCGACAAAGGCACACUAUCUCGUUUCAGCGAAGCAUACCCUGGCGCACUGAACAACAAUGCGUCCAUAGACUAUCCUACCAAGUUCAGCAAGCUUUCUGAUAUCUUGAAGACAACUAAGUCCAUUACAGUAGGUGGCAUAUCUGUAUCUGCGAAAGACCUUAUUGAAAUUGAACAGAGGACCAAAUCACUAUCGCCCAAGAUGUUUGAUGUAUUGAUGCACCACAUCGGGAUAAUGAUGAUGCCUCUAUCAAACUCCAGUCAAAGUUAUUUGUUCCUCGACACCAAAUUUGUCUCCAUCCUCUCCAAGAACUACCCACGGUUCAAGAAAUCUUCUCAGAAAGAGGAUUUUGUCUUCACUCCGAACCUGGUGGAAAUACUAGACCGACAUGAAUCACAGACAGGAGAGGUAGAGCGCAUCUACUUCCCUUUCAACCUCGACCAGGCACAUUGGAUCGGCCUAUGCUUUGACCGCAACACCUGGAAGCUGCUUGUUCUCGAUUGCAACACAUCCUACAAAAGUGAUUCGCUCACGGCAAAAGAACUUGCACCAACAGCCCAGAUGCUCCCUUACCUUCUGACGCAAGCUUGUCGCAAGCUGGAACCUGAGCGCCUUAAUCCAUUGACCGUGGAGAGGGCCAGACAGAUCCCACAAAACCGUAAACACGCAGACUCUGGUGUCACAGCAGCACUGCUCAUGCAAGCUCACGCGGCCGGGGGCAUAGAGGCAUGCAGACACCUGUCUACGGAUUUGGUGAAACAAGAGGCAAAAAGGCUGGCUGUUAUGAUUUUCGAGAAAAACGCAGGUCCAAUCUGA